AUGUCUGUUCCGAAUGUUGCACCGUCGCACGCCUACGGGCAACCCAAACGGAGAAAGGUGCGCAAAGGCACCCACAGUUGCUGGGAAUGCAAGCGCCGGAAGAUGAAAUGUAGAUUCGAUCCGCGCAUUGCGAGUACCUCCUGCGAUGGCUGUCGACAGCGCGGCUCCCCCUGUAUCAGCCAGGAAUUCCCCGAGGACCUUGAAAAUGUCCUCAUGAGCAUUGGAACCACCAGCGGUGAUGCCACUUCCUUUGACGGCAGAACUCGCCCUGCCACGCCCAGUGCAAGGACAGACCGUAUUCUCACACCCGUCUCAACGAUCACGGAGACUUCACCAUACCAUAAAUCUCCUGAGCAAUAUCCCCCCACCACCACGAAUGAUACCUCACAACGUAAAUAUGAGAGGCUGUCUCAGUUCCUAUACGAAUUACUCCCGUCGCGCAGAGAUACCGAGAGUAUCUGCAAAUCCAGUGGCCACUCUUCCAUCCUCUCCCACGAAUUGUUGACGACGCCAUACACCACCCUCUACCAGAACGGCCUCCAAACGGCUGAGAAAUCUUUCCCGGAUCUUCACAAGGAGAUUAAAGGCCUGUCGAAACCACCCCGCGUCAUCAUGGAACGCUUAGCAGAUGUUGCCAACUACCACGUCACGACAAACGAGGCACUGAUCGGCAGCAUCGAGAGCCUCGAGUGCAUCAUGCUCGAGAGCUUAUAUCAGGUGAACAUUGGAAACCUUCGACGAAGUUGGGUCGCGGGCCGUAGAGCAAUGAGUCUCGCCCAGUUGAUGGGGUUUCAUCGACCAGAUAACCAGACCCUAUACCAGACGCUCGACCCUAAAACGAAAUACGAUACACGGAUCAUGUGGCUCCGCAUCAUCACCCUCGACCGCCAGCUCUGCCUCCUUCUCGGUCUGCCCGAAGGCUGUAUCGACCAUAGCAUGGCCUCGGAGACCCACAUCGCCAACGACUGCCCCAUGGGCCGUCUCGAGCAGCUGCACUGUGUCGCCAUGUCCCGAAUUCUCGAACGAAACGUGGCCAAGCCGAGUGGCCGAGACCUCGCCGCCACGCGCGCCAUCGACCUGGACCUACAGAAAGCCGCGGGCAGCCUCCCGAGCAAGUGGUGGCUAGCCCCCAAACUCGAUAGUGCCUCCACCGACCUGCAAGCCGUGUUCUGGGAUAUGCGCCGUCUGGUCCUGCAGAUCUGUCACUACAACCUUCUCAACCAGCUGCAUCUGCCGUACAUGCUACGCCCCUCGUCCACGGAGAACAAAAACGAGUAUUCGCGGAUCACGUGCGUCACCGCGUCGCGGGAGGUUCUCUCGCGCUACAACUCGCUCCGCAGCUUCAACCGCAUCGCCUCCAGCUGUCGCACGGUCGACUUCCUCGCUCUCAUGGCAGCCAUGGCCCUCCUUCUCGCACACUUGGAUGGCCAUUGCGACGGGGCGGAAAAUCUGCUCGCGAACCAGUAUUUGAGCGAUCGCGGGAUGAUCGAACAGAUGCAGGAACACAUGACCGAGAUCAACCGGCUGAACUCGGAUGAAUUGAGCGCGCAAAGUGCAGAUUUACUAAAGGUGUUGUUGGCGAUUGACCUGGAGAAAGGGCAUGGGCGGGUAAGUGUGCGGGAGGCGGGGAGUGAGGGUAUCUUGCCGCAGGAUGGGAUGGGCGCGGAGGAAGAGAGUGCGGUACGGGUGCAUAUUCCGUAUUUUGGAAUUAUCCGGAUUGCACGCGAGAAACAGCAAGCUGCGACGACGGGAACAAGUAGCAGUAGCAGCUCUGAAGCCCAACUCCGCCUCUCGUCCUUGACACACCUCAGUGCUCCCCUCUCCACUGAUUCCCUCUCUACUAACAACACUCCCAACCCACUCUCCUUCCCCUUUGCCGACACAGCUGCUCCACUUGAAUUUACCGCCCCUUUCGCGCACCAACAGCAGCAACAAUGUCAGACCGCGUUCUCCGACCCCGGUCUUUCUCUAAUGUCAUCCCCGCUAAUGCAGGGCGGGCAUCCCGGACUCGCUGCUGGCGGCGAGGACUGGGCGUUUCAGGGGGUGGACAUGGCGUUUUUUGAGAGCGUAAUGAGGAAUGUUGGGGGCGAUGUUUGA